AUGCAGCAGGGCACCGGUGCCGCGCCGGGCGUCCCGGCCACGUCACAAGCGGUGAAUCACGCUGAGCCGAAACGCGAGGCCGCGCUGACUCAUGCCGUGCUCCACGCCCCCCCUUCGUGGACAAAGCUCUUUAUUGGGGAGCUACGUCCGUCUACAGCGCGUCCGUCUGCUCCAUUCGUUUCGACUUCGUGUUCUUCGAACGCUUACUUGCAACGUUUCGCUUCGACGUUCUUUUGCAACGCAAACGAUGAGAUAUUAGUAACUGCAGCCCAGUUAUCGGGGGAGCUAUCGCAACGCAAUGUCGCGCGCUCGUUCAAUGCUUGGGGUGUCCCAGUAUAUUUCGCCUUGCCUAAGCCCUUUGGAGCCCAACAGACCCCUAUCGGCGGCAGGCGGCUGCUGCAUUAUCGGGCUCACGACACCUCCCAUUUAUUUUCAAGGGCGAAUCUUCCCUCGCCGUCCCUUUGGGGCGCUAGCAUUAAGCCGGCUUUG